AUGUCUUCUCUGCUAUGCCCUUCUCUCUGGUGGUGCUGCCUCCUCCUCCUCCUCUUUCCAUUAGCCUCCAGUUCUGCUUCUAAUGGGGACACAGUGGUCAUAACCAGCAGUGGCCCUAUUAAGGGCAAGCAGUUCCUGGCUGGUCUUGGAUCUGUGACAGCCUUUCUAGGCAUUCCUUAUGCCGAGCCUCCCGUGGGGAAGUUGCGUUUACAGAAACCUCUUCCACAUCAGCCAUGGAAUCAAACAUUGGAGACCACGAGCUUUGGCAAUUCCUGUCCUCAAUUUAUUUUCGCAGGUGAGCCUGAAGCAGAGAUAUGGUCUCCUAAAACACCACUGUCAGAAGAUUGCCUUUCCCUCAAUAUCUGGGUGCCGCACCCACAACCUUCUUCAUUAGUGCCUAUUUUGAUCUGGAUACAUGGAGGGGGAUAUUUAGGAGGCACGUCUUCUGUGGAUGUGUUCAAUGGGGCAUCCUUGGCUGCGAUUGAGAAUGUUAUUGUGGUCACCAUCAAUUAUCGCUUGGGAGCCCUAGGCUUUCUUUACUUGCCACCAGCUGCUCCAGGGAACCUAGGCUUAUGGGACCAACAGCUGGCCCUGAAGUGGAUAAAAGAGAAUGCAGCUGCCUUUGGGGGAGACCCUUCUCGGGUGACCAUUGUUGGCCAGAGUGUUGGAGGAGCUUCUGUGAAUUUCCAUCUUCUUGCACCAAAAAGCCAGGACCUUUUUGCCCAAGCGGUGAUCCAGAGUGGAGCAGCCAGUGCCUUCUGGGCUUGGAGGUCUCCUGAGGAAGCCAAACGGUUAUCUCUUGAAUUCGUCCAUUUGCUAGGUUGUUCCGAGGGUAAUAAUGUCGAUGUUAGGCAUUGUCUGCAAACAAAAAAUAUUUCUGAAUUUAUUGAGCAUGAAAUAUCUCUGUACCACAAACUUGGAUUCCUUCUGAAUUUUCCCUUCAAACCAACUGUAGAUGAGGAUUUUUUGCUUGGUGAUCCGGAAAAGCUCAUGGAGGAGGGGCAAAUUCAGGUCAAACCAAUCCUCAUAGGAAAAACCUCUGAUGAAGGGGGCUCAUUUGUCCCUUAUGUUUUCUCUGACAUCAACGAAAAUCUCAUCAAUCAGGAGCAGCUUCUGAAAGGGAUAAGACUGUUGGUGCCAAAUACAACUGAAGACUUUGUUCAGACGAUUGCCCUGAGGUUCAGUGAAGGAAAUCAGGGCCCAGCACAAUACCGCUCUGCUCUGUCCCACUUCUUUGCAGAUUGGGUCAUUGCAUGCCCAUUGAUUGAAGUUGCGAGAAAUUUCAGAAAAGCUGGGAGUCCUGUAUAUGCCUAUUUAUUCUCACAUUGCCCUUCAGGGUCAGUCUGGCCUGAAUGGAUUGGGGCAUCCCACGGUGCUGAGAUUCCUUACAUUUUUGGGACCCUUGAAUCAGUGCUGCCUGUCAAUCAAACGUACACAGAGGCUGAAGCCAGACUGAGCCGUAAGAUGAUGCAAUACUGGGCAGAGUUUGCCAGAACUGGGAAUCCUUCGGGUUUGGUGGCCACCGAGGCUGAGUGGGCGCUCUAUAAUGCCACGGAGCAGAAUUUCUUCCUUCUUAAUACUGAGUCAUCCAAGGAGGUGGAGAAAGAGCCUGAUCACGAUUGUGGUUUUUUAAAGAGGCAUUUUUCAAAGGCUGAAGACCCACACAAGUCCGAAGGUGAUUCUGUUUCAUCAAACUAGGAAGAAAUCAAGAGGAACCAAUCAAGACUUUUCUUAAAAGCCAUGGGGAAAUGAUGACAAGUUGUGCCAGAGACCUUUCCAGAAGGAUCUAUCGGUUCUUUUAUGUGGGAACUUGGAAGAAGAAUAAGGAGCCAACUAAAAUAGACAUAAUCUGUGCUGUAAAAAUAAUAAACUAUUAGGAGUAAUUUGC